AUGAGAGUGAUCAUCAGAAAGGACCCGGUGGCUGUGUCUGAAUACAUAGCAGACUACAUCGUCAGCCGCAUCAAUGCGUUUUCACCAUCGACUGCUAGGCCGUUUGUGCUUGGCUUGCCGACUGGAAGCAGUCCCGAGAUCGUAUAUAGGAUUCUAGUCCAGCGGUACAAAGCUGGCCAGAUAUCCUUCAAAAAUGUUGUUACAUUCAACAUGGAUGAAUAUGUUGGAUUGCCUCGGGACCAUCCGCAGAGUUACCACAGCUUCAUGUACAACAAUCUCUUUGCCCAUAUCGACAUACCACCCCGAAACAUCCACAUUCUAGAUGGAAAUGCCCCUGAUCUUACCAAAGAAUGUCAAAACUUCGAGGCAAAGAUCGCCAAAGCAGGCGGCAUCGACCUCUUCCUAGGUGGAGUUGGUCCAGACGGUCACAUUGCCUUUAACGAACCUGGAUCCAGUCUCAGUUCUCGCACCAGAGUCAAGACCCUGGCCUACGACACCAUCCUUGCCAACUCCCGCUUCUUCAACAAUGAUCUGUCCCAAGUGCCUCGCACUGCACUGACAGUCGGCAUCAAGACCAUUAUGGAUGCGCGAGAGGUUGUCAUCGUCGUGACUGGCGUACACAAAGCUAAGGCCCUGCAAAAGGGCAUUGAAGGAGGCGUUAACCAUAUGUGGACCCUCUCCGCUCUCCAGCUACACCAGCACCCUCUCAUCGUAGCUGAUGAAGAUGCAACUCUCGAGCUAAAGGUGAAAACAGUCAAGUACUUUGAAAGUAUCGAGCUCUCCGGUACCGACGCACGCACUCAGGGCCCUCCCCUCGUUCAAUUCACAAAGCCAUACGUGCCCGUGGCUCCACCGGCAGACCUCAGCACCCCCGUCGGCUCGAGAAAAGGCCUCAAAAUCGACACUGCCUUCAAUGCCAAAGAUAGCGAUCCGGACGAGCUCACGCCCGACAGCAUGUCUUCGCGCAUCGUCGACUCUGCCAUUGCGGGCCUGGAUGAAACCAUGAACCGUGGUGGAGAUCUGAUUUUCGACCGCAUGGGCUCUCGAAUUCCCACACAGGGAUGA